AUGGAUGAGACAGUGAAGCCGCUCAGGAUUCCUCCUCAGAUCUCCGUCUACGCUGACAAACACAACGUGCUGCACCUGGUUCAGAGCAUGGUGUCCAGUCUGGUGAUUGAUCAGCCUGAUGAUCCGAUGUCCUACCUGAUCACUCUGCUGCAGAGAACCAGCAUGAACAGUCCUCGGGUCAUUCUGAUUGGUCCUCCGUCUGUAGGGAAACACACUGUGGCCAAACAGCUGAGCUCAGAGCUGAGAGCUGUUCAUGUGUCUCUGGACAGUUUACUGCUGGACCAAUCAGAGCUCAGCGCAGAGGAGCCUCCUGAUGAGCUGCUGGUCCGUCUGGUCCAACAGAGACUGAAGGAGAUCGACUGCUUCAACAGAGGCUGGGUGUUGGAGGGGUUCCCUCAGACUCGUCUGCAGGCUCUGAGUUUGCAGCAGGUUGGAGUUAUCCCCGAACACGUUGUCAUAUUGGAGGCUCCUGAUGAUGUGUUGUUGGAGAGGAGUCAGGGGAAGCUGGUGGAUCCGCUGACAGGAAACGUGUACCAUCAGACGUUCCUCUGGCCGUCCGAUGCCGCCGUAGCCGAGCGUCUGGAGGAGGGGCGGGGCCAGUCAGAGGGGCAGCGAUUGGCUGAGCUGCAGCGUUAUCGCUGUGAGGUCACAGGUCUGAGCUCCACCUAUCAGCACGCUCUGAAGAAGAUCAGCGGAGACCAACCAGCAACCGACGUCUACCAGCAAGUGCUGGCUUUCGUCCAGACCCGUUACCGCUCCAGAACUCCCAGAAUCCUCCUCUUGGGUCCGCCGGGUUCGGGGAAGAGUCAUCAAGCCAAACUGCUGUCAGAGAAAUACAAGAUGGUGGACGUGUGCUGCGGUCAGCUGCUCAGGUCUGUAGCUGCUGACGGUUCAACUCUGGGAGAAGAGAUUCAGUCGUACCUGGAUAGUGGACGGCCAGUUCCAGACACUCUGGUGCUGCAGGUUCUUGGGGAGCGUCUGAGUCGAGUGGACUGCAGCUGUAGAGGCUGGAUCCUGCACGGCUUCCCCUGCGACCUGCAGCAAGCCAAGAGCCUGCAGGAGUCUCAGCAGCAGCCCAACAGAGUUUACUUCCUGGAGUUGACAGAUGAUGUUUGUCUGGAGAGAAUCAGUCUGAGAGCCACAGAUCCCGUCAGUGGAGAGAGGUUCCACGCCGUGACCCGACCGGCUCCGAACUACGAGGUCCAGACCAGACUGGAGACCAGACCCGAGGACAGCACACACACUGUGACACGCACGCUGAAUCAAUACAGGACACACACAGAGCCUCUGCAGUCCUUGUAUCCAGAUGCAGUCCACAUCGAUGCAGAUCAGGAUCCUCACUCUGUGUUUGAGGCUCUGGAGAGCCGACUGACGGCUGACUGA